AUGGAAAAAGAAAAAAUCGACUCCAAGAACGCUGUUGAGGAAUAUGUGUAUUAUAUACGCGACAAAUUAUCCGAUACAUGCGCCGAAUUUAUCACCAAGGAGCGAGUACGUAAAGCAUAUGAUGAAUAUACGAAAGGAAGUGAGAAAUAUGCACAUCUGGAAUCCAACGAUAUGGAAAAACGAGUACGUAAAGCAUAUGAUGAAUAUACGAAAGGAAGUGAGAAAUAUGCACAUCUGGAAUCCAACGAUAUGGAAAAAGUGAUAUCAGCAGUGGAAGAGAAAAAGAAGUGGCUAGAUGAGCAGCGUACUCGUCAGGAAAAGCGUAAAAAAACUGAACCCCCAGUUAUUUUCGUCCAUCAAAUCAAGGAAGAGCAGCAGGUUUUUUUUUACUUUCCAGUUUUUUCCAUUUUCAAUUUUAUUUCGUGAUU